AUGAAGCUUUCCACCCUUUUCUUUGCUGCUCUCCUCGGGGAGACAGCCCGUGCCUACAAUCUCGGCGAUAAAGCCACCGGAACGACCGAUCCCGAUGUGACUGAGAACUGCAGUCAAUGGGCGAACAGUAUUGCUUCUGGUGAUACUUGCAAGAAGCUCGAAGCAGAUUUCAAUAUUGAUUACCUGCAACUGCAUGAAUGGGCAAGUUACCAAUCCACCCCAGACAAGACAAACAGUCUCGCCAAGCUUGUCGGUACCGAAGCGCCGACUCUCAAGAAUCCUAACUACACCGACUCGUCCUCGUCCUCGUCCGCAACGACAACGACUGCAACUUCCAGCUCCAGCUCCAGCUCCAGCACCAACUCAACAGUCACUGCAUCCUUGAAUUCAAUUGCCACUUCGACUGCUACCGAGUCAUCUUCUGCCCAACAGACAGGGAAUGCUGCUAGCUCCGGGCUCACCGCAAUUCCUAUUGUCAUGUUGUUUGUUGCUUUCUCUGCCCUUGCCUUGCAACUUAAUUAG